UCAGCGGAUUCUCCGGGGCUGGUUCAUCACCUCCGAAUACUCCUGUAACAGGAGGCGCUUGCAGAACCCGCCUCCAGCCUCCCUAGCAAAUAAAUAGAACGCUCCCAGCCCAGAAGAAGCCGGGAGAACUUUCUAGGCGCGCCUCCCCUGGGUUUGGUGAGCUCCCGGCUCCGCUCUAGACCUCGGCGUCCUGGCUGCGAGCCUGGGCAGCCUGGGAGGACUGUGGUUUGCUGAUCUCUGGCGAGGCGGUGCGGAGAAGGGCCCUCUGGGGCUCUUGCUGGACCAGCCGGGGUCGCCUUCGGGGGCUGGGACCGCAGCCUAACGGCACUCCCUUUCCCGGCUGUGGGUGGUUCUGCUUCUCUCAGACGGAAGAUAAGCAAUUUUUGAAGCUGAAGAAUAAGCCUUGAAGGCCAGCCCACUCACACCAGCUUGUCGUGUGACCUUGGACAGGCCACCCCUCCUCUCCGAGCCUCUGUUUCCCCUUCAGCGCAGCAGCCGCCAUGGCUGACGGUCAGAUACCCUUCUCCUGCCACUACCCAAGCCGCCUGCGCCGAGACCCCUUCCGGGACUCCCCCCUCUCCUCCCGCCUGCUGGACGAUGGCUUUGGCAUGGACCCCUUCCCCGAUGACUUGACUGCCUCUUGGCCUGACUGGGCCCUGCCUCGUCUCUCCUCUGCCUGGCCGGGGACCCUGAGGUCGGGCAUGGUGCCCCGAGGGCCCGGUGCCACAGCCAGGUUUGGGGUGCCCACGGAGGGCAGGACCCUCCCACCCUUCCCUGGGGAGCCCUGGAAAGUGUGUGUGAAUGUGCACAGCUUCAAGCCGGAGGAGCUGAUGGUGAAGACCAAGGAUGGCUACGUGGAGGUGUCUGGCAAACACGAAGAGAAACAGCAAGAAGGUGGCAUCGUUUCUAAGAACUUCACAAAGAAAAUCCAGCUUCCUGCAGAGGUGGAUCCUGUGACAGUAUUCGCUUCACUCUCCCCCGAGGGUCUGCUGAUCAUCGAAGCACCCCAGGUCCCUCCUUACUCAUCAUUUGGAGAGAGCAGUUUCAACAACCAGCUUCCCCAAGACAGCCAGGAAGUCACCUGCACCUGAGACCCCCAGCCUUGGCCCAUCCUUGUUCUGUCCCCAACCCUAGGGCUUCUCUGAUUCUAGGGUACAUUACUUUAGCUGAACUCAGACGUUAGUGCAACUAAAAUUUAGGGGGCGGGGGAGGGGUGGGGACCAACCACAGAUUCCCUGGAUAGCGUAGUAGUAUAUUUCUCCACAAGAUGGCGCAAUUGGCAAAUCGUGCUUGGUUGCGUUAGGUCAAAAUACUAUUUUUUCUUUCUCUACCUUUUUUUAUCUUGACGAACAUGUUGCACAUCUAUAGUUGCAAAACAAAUACAAGGGACUUGACAUUUCACGUUGUAUCUUACCUUGCAGCUAAGGCAAGGAUUACUUUUCUUUGGGGACCUCUCCAUCACCCAGGUUCCUACUCUGGGCUCCCAAUUUUGGUUGACAAAACCCAUUAGCUCACCCCUUUGUGCCUCAACACGCCUGGCCUGCAAAGGGUGAUAGACAGGUCUUAUAUCCCCGUAUGGGCUUUAUCCAUUCACUACAUGAAAACAAACAGUGCCUUUUGCCCUCUGCCCAGAUGUUUCCAGUACCUUCCCAAGGUUCCCAGGCUGGUACUCCCUAAGGACUCUGGGAGCCUCUCAGUUUUUUUCUCUAACCAAGGUCCCCCCUUUCUUGUUCCCUGGUGUCCAAGUCGGGAUUUUUUACAGAGGGGGCUGUCUGUAGACAGCUCCAUCAGGAACCAAGCAAAGGCCAGCUAGCCUGGCAGACAGGCUAGUGGUGUUGUGUAUACGGGUGGGGCAUGUGUGUCAUUGUUAUUAAAAUUUGAGUUGUGCUGUUGUUCAGGGGAAAAUAACAGUAAAUAAUAAUAACAGUAAUAAUAAAGGAACUGAUGUUCUUA